AGCUUACCUCCAUGUUUUUAGGUUACAUUUCUGUUUACCUUUUAACGUCAAAGUCCUAAUGGUAUUGUCAUACAUUUCAGACUUGAAUAUUAAUUUAUAAUAGUAAUAAAUAUCGAGAAUAAGCCCAAUUGUUUAAUUUAAAUGAGUUUUAUUGUUUUAACCCGAGGGUUUUAAGUUUUUAAAAAGGGUUGAAAGUGUACGUGUAAAGCCGGCGGAAUAAGAGUCAUUCUGGUUGAAAACUAAAAAACAACACCGAAAAAGAUGUCUUUACCAGCUGGAUAUAAACAAAUAGCAGCCAUGUCCACUCCACCACCUAAUGCUCGUUUUAGGACAAGUGGUAGUACAGGAGGGACUGGUACUCCGAGUAAGGACAGUGGCUCAUCUCCUUUCAUCACCACGCCAUCCGGGCAUUCGGGAUUCGUACCGCAAAAGCUCGGCAAAGCCACCGCGAGUAAGUUGAAAGCGCCGAAACCGCCUGAAAAGCCUCUGAUGCCGUAUAUGAGGUAUCAGAGGAAAGUAUGGGAUCAGGUGAAGAGUCAAAACCCGGAGUUGAAACUGUGGGAAAUCGGCAAGAUCAUCGGACAGAUGUGGAGGGACUUGCCCGAAGAAGAAAAGACUGAAUAUGUGGAGGAUUAUGAAACAGAAAAAUUGGAAUAUGAAAGAAAUUUGAAAGCUUAUCACAACUCCCCUGCUUAUUUAAGUUACAUGGCUGCUAAAGCGAAAGGAACCACAAUCCCACAGCCUGGAGAAAGCCGAGAAGAAAGAGCAUCAAGUAAACCAGAGAGAAGGAUUUUUAUUGAGCCUGCAGAAGAUGAAGAUGAUCAUGAUGAUGGCUAUUCUGUAAAAAUGGUCGCUUAUGCCAGAUACUGUAGGAAUCAACGUUUAAUCAAUGAGAUAUUCUCAGACUCUGCUGUCCCUGAUGUUAGGUCUGUUAUAACUACUGCCAGAAUGCAAAUCCUCAACAGACAAGUCGAAUCAUUGACGAUGCAUCAAAAAAAGCUGGAAGUUGAAUUGCAACAAACCGAGGAAAAAUUUGAAGCGAGGAAAAGGAAAUUUGCUGAAGCAAGUGAAGCAUUCCAAGAAGAAUUGAAGAAGCACUGCCAGAAAGUCGUCGAUGAAGAAACCUGCAAUAAAAUGAUCGAAAAGCAGUACAACUUGUUAAAAAAUGAGAGGAACAGACUUUCAGUCUUAAAUUCAGGAGUUUCUGCCGGCCUGACACCAGUACCCCCUGCUGCUGUCGUUACAAGUACGACAAAUGGCCUCGAACCGUCUCAAGCAGUUGAAACUGGGCCAACGUUGCCUACGCCUCAACCGAGCACAGACGACCAACAGGACGCUGAAUCUCAGUCAACGAAUGAUGAAGUAAGUCAAGAAGGCACAGAAGGAAGUACAACUGGAGCCGAGGAUCCAGAAAUGUCCAUUGACUCUGCCGAUCAGACUACUCAAUAAUAAAUCAUAAUUUUUUUCAUUAAGCAAUGUUGUAAUUUUGCUGAUUUUUUAUUUGGUACUGUAUAAUUACUGUAUUUAAAAAUACAUUUUUUGAUUUAUAUUUUAAAUUAUCUUUUAUUAUGUAUUCAAUUAAAUUCUGAAACCAUUCAUAAUUU